UUAUUAAAAUAUUAGCAACAACAACAAGAGCAAGAGAGAAAGUGAUAUAGAUAUAGACACAUAUAUAGAUAGAGAGAGAAUGUUGUAUCCAAUCAAUCAUGAAGGAGUUUUGAGGCCAUGAGUAGGUGGUUCUUCUGACCUUGUUCUCUGUUCAGAAGGCUAUUAAAUUUGGUUAAAAAAAAUCGAAGAUGGACUUCUCAGAAUCUACAAAAAUCGUAUACGAUAGGAUCCAAAACCUAGAACCCGAAAAAGUCUCAAAGAUUAUCGGGUAUCUCUUGUUACAAGAUCAUGGUGAAGAAGAGAUGAUAAGAUUAGCCUAUGGACCCGAUAAUUUAAUCCACUCUUUAAUCAAUAAAGCAAAAACCCAUCUCAAUUUACCCUCCAAUUCCACUUCUCCAACACCAAUUUCAAAUUCUAUGACGGAUUUGCCCCUAAAGUUCUCGCCUUUCUCUCCUAAUCCCCAAUCUUUAACGCUUUAUCCAUCUUCAUUCCCUGAAGAUUACCACUUCCAAAACCAACUUCAUUUCCUCCAGUUAGACAAUCAGAUUGACCCUUCAAACUGCUCAAUUUACCAUUCUGCCCCUACAUUCUGUCCUAGAAUCAGUCAAAGGUCUCCCGAAUUCCCAAUCAAGAUUUGUCAUUACUUCAUGAAAGGUUGUUGUAGACAUGGAAACAACUGUAGAUACUCUCAUAGUAUUCCCACAUCCGAAACUUUUUCCAUCUUUACCCCUGAGGACGAUAACGUCUUUUCACCUGGGUCACUCAAGAAACUAGAGAUUGAACUCACUGAACUUUUGAAAUCAAGAAAAGGGUACCCUGUUUCCAUAGCUGCUUUACCAUUAUUGUAUUAUGAGAAAUUUGGAAAGACGCUUCAAGCUGAAGGGUAUUUGACCGAAAGUCAAAGACAUGGCAAAGCUGGUUAUAGUUUGACCAAACUUCUUGCUCGCCUCAAGAGAAUAUCUCUCAUCGACAGGCCUCAUGGGCAACAUGCGGUAAUUUUAGCGGAUGAAAUUGCAAAAUAUACGGAUUACAGGGAUAGAAAUGAACAAGGUGGAAUAGUUGCAGGGUCAAGGCAAAUAUAUUUGACUUUUCCUGCUGAAAGUACUUUCACAGAGCAAGAUGUUUCAAACUAUUUCAAAAAAUUUGGUCCUGUUCAUGAUGUGAGAAUUCCAUGUCAGCAAAAGAGAAUGUUUGGUUUUGUUACUUUUGUUUUUGGAGAAACAGUUAAGGAGAUUUUAAAUAAAGGCAAUCCUCAUUUUGUUUGUGGUGCACGAGUUUUGGUCAAACCAUAUCGUGAAAAGUCAAGGGAUGAUAGGAAAAUUGGAGAAAAGUUUCGGCAUAACAUGUACUAUGGACCCCACAGUUUUGAAGCUGAAUCCGAGCUUCAAUUAAUGCACAGAAUAUGUGAUAAUAAUUCAUCGUCAUUAAAGAAACAAAUGAUUUUUGAAGAACAACAAGAGCAUGAACUUGAGUCAGAGAGAUUGCGAUUCUCUGAGAUGCAGUUAUCAGAGGGGCCCACAAAUCGGUUGACAUGUUUUGGGUACUCAUUUGAAGAGUUGCAGUUAUCAGAAGGUCAUAAAGGGCACAUGAAUUUGUCUUCCAUGGAGCGAUUUGGUCAUCUUCUUGAUGUUUUCAACAAUGGAUCCGUUGGGGAUGAAAAAAUUAGGCACAUAAAUACCAAAUGCAAUGAUCAAGAGAACCAGGGAUUGAAUCUUCCGGAUAGUCCAUUUGCAUCUCCAUUAAAGAAUGGAAUAUCAACAGCCACAUGAGUUUUUUUCGAAGGAUUUAGUGAAAAAGGAAUGAAAUAUUCACAAAAUGAUCAUCAAAUACUUUGACGUCAAAGUUUAUAACAAAAAAAGAUUCGGUUUUUAGUGUUUUUAGGGCGACAAACCAUGUUGCAAUGGAUAUAAGGUAUAGAAAAAGUUUACCAAUAUACCCUUUUUAGGUUCUAUAAAGGGUCGAGAAUGAAUACAAGCAAGAAAUAUAGCUUGUUAGUUCUUCUAAUUAUAAGUUUUAGAAAGAAGAAAAGAGUGCAAUUGUAGUGAGGAGUUGAAAGAUCUUUGUGUUUCUUGAAAGAUAUAUACAAAUGUUAUUUAAUAAAAGCUUAGUUUAUAUAAAGUUUCAGUUUUCACGCUA